AACAGACUGGAGGCCAAUGUGAACACACCUGAACAUACACAUAUAUAAAUCCAUAAAAAUACUGCUAAAGAAUCCGAAGGAUGUGGGAAAAGCUGGUGAACUGCAUCAAGAGCAAUGGUGGCAAUGGUGGCGUCAAGAAUGUAAGCUGCCAAGUUGUCGAACUGGCGGAUCUGAUGAAACAGGUGCCGCCGAACCAGAUGCACAAGUUCAAAAUGUUUGCCAAGAAGCACGAGGAGUACAAGGACCGCGUUCGUAAGUAUCCGGAAUCGAUGCCGACAAUCGACUGGGAAUACUACCGUCAGAAUGUGAGAGAAGAGUUUGUCGAUUGGGUGAAGGGAUACGAGACCAAGUAUGAUAAAUUGCAUUCCGUAUUCGAGAAUCGACAUGCCAUAGUAGAUCACAAGCGAUACUUUGAACUCGUCGAUGAAGAAAAGAAGGUGGUGACAAAAUGUAUUAGCGAAUACAAGGCGGAGUCGGAUAAAAGAAUCCAGGAGCUAACCGAAAAGUUGGAGUUCGUGAAGGCAAUGCGACCCUAUUCCGAAAUGACCAUGGAGGAAUUUUGUUUUGCCCGUCCGCACUUGGCACCCGAUUUCAUCAACAAGCCCACUUUCUGGCCACACACUCCUGAAGAGCAAAUGCCAGGUCCAUCGGAUCCAGAGGCAGCAGCUGCUUUGCAUCACGAAGAGGAGCCCGAACCGCCAAAGAAACCAGCUCCCGAAAAGUUACCAGAUAAGCCUAGUGGAGAAGGAAAGCCUCCGGCGGCUGCGGCUCCAAAGGAGCCAAAAGAACCCGUUGUCGACACCUCUCAGUUGGCCGAAAAGGCCACUUUAAUCGCCAAAGAUUUGAUGGCCAAAGCUAUUGUUCUUUUUAAUAGUCUUAAAGAAAAGAUGUCGGGUCUGGCCAAGAAUGUUCAGAAAAAGGCAGACGCCGCCAAAGCUGCGCGUUCCGAAACUGCCAGCAAAUCCGCAACGCCUACAGCCGCACCAACCAAGUCACUGGACAGCAUUACGGAACGAGAGUCUGGACCGAACAUCUGCAACCAAACUAUAAUACGCAGCGAGGAGGCAGAGGCCAAUCCGGAGGUUAAGGCCAGGCAUACUAACCUUUCCAUUGAGGCGGAUCCUUGCGAUGCCCAGGAGGAGCGAGCCAGGGAGAUAGCUAGGACAUUGGAGCGCAAGAGACAAUUAAAAGAGGCGGAGGAAUGGGAGAAACACAAGACCAAGAAAGAUCCUUGUGACGCCGAAAAGGAAACUGAUCCUUGCAAGCUCAUGGAAGAGGAAACCGUUUGCAAGCCAGAUCCUUGCAAAGCGAAAGAGGAAGAAGCAGUCUGUAAGCCAGAUCCCUGCCAGCAGAAGGAGAAAGAAGAUGACAUUUGCAAGCCCGAUCCUUGUAAGCCGAAGGACGAAGAGGGCUCCUGUGAAGAUGAGGAGGAUCCUUGCAAGAAGAAGCCGAAAUGCGAUGGUGAUUACCAAUUCGGUGGUGACAAUGAAGGCGGUUCGACAAAAUCGAAGCAGCAGGACCAGGUCUUCAUCAACAUAUCCGAGUGCAGUAAGGAACUCGCCAAGCAGGAAGAAAAGAAAUCUGGUGAUUCGGGUAAGCCCAAGGAAAAGGCAUCACUGUCAGAAAUUCCACAAGGAUCAGAUCAAAAACCCGUGCUUGGCAUGCAGAUAACAGAAUCCAAGGACUCUAAAAAGGAUCACAAAGCUAGUAUUGAAGGCGCAAAUGAAAUUGGUCCUGUGUAUACAGAUCCCAAUCAACUUGCAGAGCUGCUAGUCCAGAAAAAGGAAAAACCAGUUAUAAUUGAAGAAGCACAGAAGCCCGAAGAUGACAAACCAAUUACCAUAUAUCCCAAGCUAGAGAUAUCAGCCAAUCCGAAGGGCGAUCAAGUCAAGCAAGAAGCUGAAGGACAAAAGUCACCCAAGGAUAUGGCCAAGCAGGUGUUCACAAUGGCCUCAGGAGCUGCUACUCUACUAACAGAAGCCACCAACACACUGGAGGACUUGAAGAGGAAGAAGGAGGCUCGUCUGGAGGCACUGGAACAGGCCUACACUUCGGCCCAAAGGCAGGCCCAAGGAGCUCUGGCCGAGGCAUCGAAGGCCGUGGAAGCCGCCAACAAUUUGGCCAUAAGAUCUGCCGAACAAACUGGCGAAGUGAGCAGCCGAGAUCGCGAGGCAUUGGAAAUGGCCGAAAAGCAUGCCAUUUUGGCCAAAAUGCUGGCCGGACGUGCAGUGGCCUUGAAGGACGAAAUCGCUCGAGUUCUCAAGGAUCUUAAGAAGAAAAAGUAAUCAGCACAAACACUAUUUCGUAAUAAUUUUCUACCAAUUUGUGUUAGUUGUUUUUCGUAUUAAAUUUUAUGUUACAUUUGUUUACCGUUC